AAUAUGGCGUCGAGUCAAGUGUGAAAUUUUGCGAGGGUCUAUACAGACGGAAUGUAACACUGAUAUGGGACUAAAUGGGUGUUUUGGGGUGAACAGACCACUCGUUGGAGCUGACUUGAUGAGAAAUGGCGGGUUUCCAGCUGGCCAACGUCCUUCAUGUCGUCCUGAUACUCGCUAGCUGUUGUGAUGCUGAGAAGCUGGAAAGGACCACAUUCAAAGCGGCGGUGUAUGAACACGCCGUUAUUCUGUCCGACGUCCGACACGAGAAUGCGUCUGUCUCGAGGACGACGGCCCUCCAACACAUGAUGAAAAACCUGAACAUAUACCGGGAUCAGGUGGAGACGGCAGCACAACAGGGUGUGGAUAUCAUAGUUUUUCCGGAAGACGGGAUUUACGGUAUGGGAUUCACCAGGAAAGCACUGACUGCCUAUCUCGAGUACAUCCCGGACCCAAAGAAUGAGUCAUGGAGCGCAUGCUCAGAGCCAAAUCGAUACCCAGAUACACAUGUACAGCAUUUCCUCAGUUGUCUAGCAAAAAACAACUCGAUGUUUGUAGUGGCGAACUUCGGAGAUAAACAGCCUUGUUCAAAAUCUCUACACCCCAGUUGUCCUAGCGACGGUCAUUUCCAGUUCAAUACUGACAUCGUAUAUAAUCCAAACGGCACUCUUAUAGCCAAGUAUCACAAACAAAAUCUCUUCUUCGAGUAUCAGUUUGAUUUUCCGUCAACUACCGAAGUCGUUACAUUCAACACACCGUUUGGGUUGUUUGGCAUGUUCACUUGUUUCGAUAUUAUAUUCCAUGACCCCACGAUUGACCUGAUAAACCUCGGGGUGAGAAACAUCGUGUUUCCCACAGCAUGGAUGGACGCCCCACCCCUACUGGGGGCGGUCCAGUUCCACUCCGCCUUCGCCAGAGGCAUGGGUCUCAACUUCCUGUCCGCCAACAUAAAUUGGCCUUUGAUGCGGUUUCAUGGCAGUGGUAUCUACACCCCAGAUGGUGUCCUGACCUACUACUACAACGACAGACAAAGGCGGGGACAGCUGUUGAUAGCGGAUGUACCUGUGAUUAGAUCACUGACUCCAGCGUUAACGACUCGUACAGACGGUUCACCAGUGGUACAAUGGGAUCAACCUCCAACGGUUCGCUUGCCCUCUCAAUUGUAUGGUGAUGCCGUUUUAACUAAAGAUCAUGACAAUUCCACAUUUUCGUCUUUUGUCUUCCACGAUCUUUUUACUUUCAAAUUUUUGGACGAUGUCUCUGCUGGCACGCUUAGCAUUUGCAAUAAUGCUCUUUGCUGUUUCCUUGAGUAUGAGCGAGGCGUCGUCGGCGAUGACGUGUACGCCUUUGGAGCGUUCGAUGGACUUCACACUUACCAGGGUACUUACUACAUACAAGUGUGUACCCUUCUAAGGUGUAGUGGGCCAACAAAGUCAUCGUGUGGGAAACCACCAACUGAAGCGAAAACUCAUUUCCGGAAAAUCAUAGUAUCUGGGAAUUUCUCCAGCCCUUACGUGUUUCCGGAAGUAGUCACCUAUCAGAACCGGUCGCUGGCCGCCCCACUGCAGCAUACAUGGACUUUUACUCAGUCCGUCCUGUCGUUAGACACAAGGGUUAUGGACCCGGUGGUAUCUGCUGGCCUAUUUGGUAGAGUCUAUACGAAGUCAGAGUCCAAUGGGCACAAUCAAGUCGACUCAUCCAUUCAAAGAAACUAAAAGCUCAAUGAUUGUUCUGUUUCCAAUAAAUAUUUAUGACAA